UGGAAAUGAUAAGCGAUCAGCGAGGCGCACCAGCCCCCAACCCAAUCCCGACGCCUUUAGGGCUUCGUGCAGGUCCAAAUACACGUUGUUCGUAAGCAAUGAACAACUGGCGUAUAUCAAGUAUCGCUUUGCAGGAUGACUGUUUUCCGAAUGGGCGAAACUGCACCGACCUCACUAUGAACACUCAAGGCUCAUCGAAUUGUGUUCUAGACCAAGCAACUUGACGGAGACUCUCACGCAUGCACAAUGAGCGCUGAAGUACAAGAACCAAGUACUUCCACGAAGCCAUGGGUGUGCUGCUUCUGUAGCAAAUCUUACCACAGAUCUGACGUUCUCCGGCGACAUUAUAUUCGCUGUUCGUCCAGAGGUCAGCAGCCCAUCCCCGAAAGGCUCAAGAAAGGGAAGAAAUCCACAGCAUGUGAUGCAUGUGCUCGGUCGAAACUACGUUGUGAUCUAGAGUGUCCUUGCGAGACUUGUCUUGCACAUGGCUACGAAUGUACCUAUGUUCGAGUGUCGCACCUACCAGGGCAGCAGAUACCACUCCAGAACGCUUCAGUUGCUGACUACGGGAUCGACGGUCAACUCUACGAACCGAGCAUGAUUCCAGUAAGCCAUACACAACCAGACCAACGCAAGAUAUCACUGUCGUUCCUCCUGAACUAUGCGGAUCCAAAGAAUACAACAAUAUCAGAGGCUUUCUAUCCUGGCUUGACGGCUCGCGGGAGUCAGGACGUCGGCGAAGACGUGCCGGAACCUGCAUCACCGAGUCUCCACGAUAUUGACACAUUUGUUCCGUUGGAAACUGCGGCUUUGAACGAUCUCUUCCGUCGUCAGACUUUGGUGAACCACGACAUCGACAAGACUGCCCCGGAAAGCGAGGACUGGCUGGAUACCUGGGACGAUACAGACAGUCCUAUGCCCGGAGUACCAUGGCCGGACGUUCACCCUUGCAACAAACUAAUUGAUUCGCUGACCCAGUUUACUCUGUCAUUGCCAGCGGGCCACCAGGAAAAAGCACCAAACGCGAAGCUUGCAAAGAGCUCUGCAUUGUUUUCCGCACAAAGUCUCGAACGGCUUAUAGGACUAUAUUUCCGAGAAUGGGGCCCACAUACGCCUGUUAUCCAUCAAGCAACGUGGUGUCCGUAUGAUACGAUGCCGCACCUGCUUCUGGCGAUGAUGCUCAUCGCCGCAACCUUAUCGCCAUCCACAGACGAAGCCUGCCUCGCUAAUAACAUGAUUGAUCUCGCCGAUGAUUACGUCUUUCGCAACCCGGUUUUUCAGAAGACUAUAGCAGGCUGCCUCCAGAGCGAGAAUUUCACUGCGAAGGAAGCUUUGCAAGCGCUCCAGGCUGUCUUUCUCAUGUCACAAAUUCAACUUCGAACAGCACCUAUACGCAAGCGGAAGGAGAUUCGCAAGGAUCGAUUUGACCAGAUAAUCUUAGCUUGUCGAGGACUCAGACUUUUGGAGUCAAAGAACUCGUUUUGGCACAACAAGGACGAGACAUUUCAUUGGGAGGAGUACGCGGCCAGCGAGGCCAGGAUUCGUCUAAUUUGCGGGAUUUUCAACCUUGAUGCGAGCUUCACGAUUCUAUACAACUCGUCGCCUCGCCUGUUUGGAGAAGAAAUGGAAGUGGACAUGCCCGGACCGCUUGAGGCAUUCAUCGCAACCAGUCCGGGCGAAGCUGAACAAGCAGCUUCGGAGUCGCGCAAGUCUGAGCACCUCACCCUGGCGACGCUGUGCGAUAUUUUCAUGCGGAAGGACCUGGAGGUAGAAACGUCUGUCAAGUUGAAGGAUUUGACAAUACUGGAUCUGUUCAUCGUUGUGCUUGCACUCCUGCAAUUCCUGUGGCUAUCGCCAUAUAAUUCUACCAAAGCAGACACCAUAUGCCGAGUUUCGCAGGCGCUGAUGAGGUGGAAAACUGCGUGGGACCACCAGAAUUCGAUCUUGACAGCUCAAGAACUGGAAAGAUAUGGGUUCCCCAGAAUGGCGGCUCUUGAGUUUUGGCAAUUGGCGAUGUUCAUGGUCGACCAGGGAAAGACCAGGCUAGACGAUACGAUGCUAUUGAGCAACGAUCCCGGGACAAGUGAGGAGGUCUCCGUCCACGCUAUCCUCAAGAACAUUGAUAGAAGAUGAGUUAUAUUAUUCGCAACAACACUGUCUGCUCCGCUGGAGAGGUACGGUCAAGUAAAAAUAAAGAAGACGCAAACACGUCGACCAAUUCAUUCCCCUCACGACGCGUCAAAAC